CUUUUAUUUUCGAAUCGGAAUCGCGCAUAGAAAUCGUCCAGUUAAAUCACCAUUUUGGCGGACCAGCUCAGUUAUCUCGUGUUCACCGGGCAAAACGGUCGUGUUCGCGCUGUUUCCAUACCUGUACCGCCAUCGAUCUUCGAGCGGUUUUCGUUUCGAGUCGGUCGUUUACCUGGCGCCGAUCGCUGGUCAGUUUAAAGCCGCCGGUGCUGGAAACUUCGCCUUGGUUCGCGCUUGUGCUAAAAAGAAAAUAAAACAGAUUAUAUAACGUGUAAUUAGAGUACUUUGUUGCCAGCCACUGGUUACUUUUUCUAGCGCAGACAUGACUUAGCAUUUCUGGGGUCUGGGACCCAGUCCACUUUCGAUUUCCUUCUUUAGUCAGCCACCUGGCUAUCAAUCCGUCAAUCUAUUGUGGGUUUAGAUUAUGGAAUUACAGUCGAACUUAAGAAGCUUAUCUACAAAAUUGAACUCAAUAUAUAAGUUUUCCCUAAUAAUUGAAAAUAGAUAUUUAUCCCCUUAAUUUCGAUAAACAUUAAAAGCCAAAUGAAACUUUGCCAUGAAAAACUUUUGUUUAAUUAGGAAAUCUCAACUAUUUUAUGACUUGGACAUUCUUCCUAGGCAUUUCGUAACUCUAUUUUAGGGUUUUUUUUCUUAUGUAACUAAAACUUCGUUAAAUCGGAAACAUGCACUUACACUAAUUUGUAAAACUACAGUUGAACUUCAAUAGCUCGAAUGCCCCAGUUGUGGUCCACUGAAUGGAUAGAUAGUAGAUAUCUCCCAGCAUCGUUAAGCCUAGUUUCAGUACCAUUUUCAAACGCUCGCUUAAAGUAUCAAUAUUGAAGCAGUUUUGUUAUCUAUGAACCCACAAAAGAAUUCACACAAAUAAAAGUAUAAUUUUAGCGUUGACCUAUAUCGUAAAAUAAACUAAACCCAGCUUUGUUUUACCUAUUUAAAUUGGAAGCGAAGUACAAAGAGCAACUACGUUUCCCAUAGAGGUAGAAUUUAAUAACAAACAAAGGUUUGGCAUGUACUAUAGAAGUUCAACUGUAAUACCUGCAGUUGCACCUUUAGAACCUGCGAAUUGUUGACGAAAGGCGUCAUUUGAAUUAAGUUAUCGCAUGUGUUCGCUGACUUGUAUGCACGUUGUGGCCUGGCAGUUCCACUAAUCCGUGGUUGCUGUUCCCUUGCCCAGUUUCCGAUCCAUUGAAUGACAAUUACGAAACUUAGUUGCUGCCAGUGCGCAUUUCGCUGCUUGGCCCGUCCGUUUAAUGAUUAAUUAAUUUGUGCUUGUCGCUUAUUUAUUUCAAUUUUCUUUGUGGCACAAGUCACUUAUAAUUCGCUUUAUGUACCCGUCUAUUGUCAUAGUCCGAUUACUACGGAUGUAACUGGCGAUUACGAGCGGGUGGUGGUUGGUGCCUUCCUUUGUUUGUUUUACAGAAACAUUUUCAAUGACUUGUACUUACCUUUUUGCUUCCUUAUGUCGGUAAAAAUAGAAGAGUGGGAAGGCUUUGGAUCACGCGAUCUCUAGAAACUAAAGAUUAUAUUGUUCGCUAAUUCUUAUUAUGCAAUAUAUUAAAUUAGAAUUCCAAAUGGAAGUGAUCACUCAAAUGUAACGAAUGCCAAAUCCGAUUAUUUUCUGAUAAAAGACGAAGAGAGAGGUUGUAGUGCCUUACUACGCCUCUAAAAUAUGGUUACAGUACAAACUUUUGUUCAAUUGUUCUAAGGCUUACAUUUUAAAUAGAAUGUUAGGAACAAUUGGGUAUUCUGGUAACCUAACUAAAUAAUUUAAUCUGUAAUGGUAAAUUGGCAAGAUAUCUCAGUUCUUGUUUGUUGUUUGACUUCUUCAAACCACACACUUUACGAAGACCUCUACAGAUACUUCCCCUUCCUGUUAAGUUCCCCAUCUUAUCAGCCACUUAACAGAAUCUUGAAGCGACCUCUGUUAAUGAACUGUUGAUGGGGCACUUUCGGAAAGAAACCGAAAUGAUUGAGAUCUUCAAGCUCAUUACACACACAGGUCACGAUUUCUAGAUUAAUGGCUGGCGAUACUGUUAUGCCCAAGUGGGUUGCAGAGAGGACGGUUUAAUUGUGGUCUAAGUGGACGUUUUUGGAUUUUUCGUGUUUGCCUUAUUAAAAGGUUGUUGACCAACGUAAAGCAAUCACGAACAAAAAAAAAAGAUUUAAUUAUAUUUCUCGUUAUAAAGCUAACUGUGGUUGUUUAGUACGUUCAAGUUAUUUUCAAGCAGCUUUGCGAGCGGAUUUCUUGCCAAUUGAUUUAUACUUGACAUCGUUAUAUGGCUAAGCAGGCGAUAAAAGUUGGCCAAGUCCAACGCCGCCAACCCCCCGCCGACGGAAGCUGGCUAAUGACGCAUAUUGGGCCUUGUCCCGCUCCUUUCUAGCCAAUCGCAUCUCUCUCGUUUUUGAUGGCUCUUGCGUCAAAGCCGGAACUACGUUUCUGGUCCGUUAGGUUGGCCAGAAAAAAGCGAAACAAAACAAACUAUUCGAUGGCUAAUCACAAAUUUAUUUUGCACAAAUUUCAACAGAAACACAAACCGGUUCAUAUACGAAAACCCAAAACUGAUCGUUUUUGUUUAUCAACUUUUACCACGCGCCAAAGCAGUUACCUUUUUAUACCCCGCAGAAAUGUAUUGCAUUCUUUUGUUACCGAAAUUGUUAACAUUGUUAACACCUCUAGCAAAGGGGAGCAAGGUUAAUGUUAUUUACCAUUUGGGCGAAUCAGGGUCUCCACAAGGGUGUGGGAUUUCAUGAUCAACCAAGAAACGCCAAGCGAAAUGUCAGCUAAAAUUUCCCAACCCAUUUUCAGUGGAAAAAUGUUUUAACAGUAUACGAAUCUCCUGUGAAUUUUUGAGUGAUAUUUAGUGAUUAAAAGACUUGAAAAUGACGUGCCUGUCGGACAUUGACUUGGCCACCCUACACCAAUACCGUCUGGAGGAGCGUUUUAGCUAUAAGUUGGCCUGGAGUGGCACUGGCCACCAACAGAACCAGUACAAUGAUCUCCUCAUCCGCCACAAUGCCUCGCUGAAGCGCCAGAGAAUUAUGCAGAACAAGGCCAAUAUAGCCAGCACCAAGGAAAAGGAUCAGACCGUGGCUAGUGAAUGUUUGGCCAGUAGCCAGGAGCACCAUCUGGCCAAAUCCGAAGAGGAACCUGAUGACGGCUAUUUCGAUUCCACGACAAGACGCACGCGAAGCGGCACUUGGCCGCGCACUAGGAGUCUGAAUGCUCCGUCGCCGUUCCAGCAAUUUGGACCAUGCGGUCGCAUUAUGAAGAACUCUGCCAUGGUGAUGCAGAUCCAGGAUCCGGCCAGCCAGCGUUUGACCUGGUACAAGCCACCACUCACCGUUCUGGUGAUCAAGAAGAAGGACUCCCAGGUCCUGCUGCCCUUCGUCCAGCUGGUGGAGUGGCUGGUGCAGGAGAAGCGCAUGGUCGUCUGGGUGGAGUCCGCCGUCCUCGAGGACAAGCUGCUGCGGGAUGACGUCAAGCUGGAGCAGGAGAGCUCCAAGUUCCGACAGGUGCACGACGACUACGCCGGAGUUAGGGCGCGUUUCCUGGCGCUGCGCGAAAAGUUGGUGACCUUCAAAGAUGGCCGCGAUGAUCUGACCGAUCGGAUCGACUUCAUCGUCUGCCUGGGUGGCGAUGGAACGCUGCUUUAUGCAUCGCAGCUUUUCCAGCAGUCCGUGCCACCGGUGAUGGCCUUCUAUUUGGGUUCUCUCGGUUUCCUAACGCCUUUCCAGUGCGACAACUUCCAGGAGCAAGUGACCAAUGUCCUGGAGGGUCAUGCCGCCCUCACGUUGCGCAGCCGUCUGCGCUGCUCCAUCCAUCGCAAGGGUGAGCGCCGCAAGGAGUCGCUGCUGACCGCUGUGGGUGGCAAUCUCCUCAAACCCAGCCUGCACAGGCAGCUCAAUUACGUAGAGCUCAACAACGGACAAACAGGGAAAUCCGGGUGCAACAACAACAAUUGCCCGAAUAACAGCAUCCUGGUGCUCAACGAGGUGGUGAUCAACCGAGGACCCUCGCCGUAUCUGAGCAACAUUGAUAUCUUCUUGGAUGGCAAGUACAUAACCUCGGUGCAGGGUGACGGCCUGAUCGUAUCGACGCCCACGGGAAGCACGGCAUAUGCGGCAGCAGCCGGUGCAUCCAUGAUCCAUCCCUCCGUGCCGGCCAUUUUGGUGACGCCCAUCUGCCCGCAUUCGCUGAGCUUCAGGCCCAUUGUGGUGCCUGCCGGAGUGGAACUGAAGAUAUCCAUUUCACCUGAUAGCCGCAACACCUCUCGGGUGUCCUUUGACGGACGCAAUGAUCAGGAGCUGAACCACGGCGACAGCCUGCGGGUGACCACCUCCAUCUAUCCCGUGCCCAGCAUUUGCUCCCAGGAUCAAAUCUCCGAUUGGUUCGACUCCCUCGCCGAGGGUCUGCACUGGAAUGUUCGCAAGCGCCAGAAGUGCCUCGAUGAGCUGUCGGAUUUGACCGCAUCUGGGUCGGAGGACACGCUCGAUGAGUUUGACAACCUGAAGAUCUACGAUGCGUAGUAGUACCCCCAUUCGCAGUUUGUUAGUGUGGCCCAUUAGCCUAGUUAUAGUCCUAGUUUAUAGGGUUUGCUUGUGUGCAAUUUUGUAGGCUUAGUUGACUAGCGAAAAUACUCUGUUGUACUAUACACAUCAUAAGUCGCUUGGUUGAAAUGUUAAAUGUUAAUUGAUUACUAUCGCAAUUUUGGUUUAAGCUAGGCAAAUUCCGUUGUUGCUUGUAAACAAAACACAAAAAAAAAACGCUUAGGCUUAGUUCUUAAGUUUUUAUUAUUACGUAAUCUACAAUUAAUUGCGGGGAGUGCUUAGUACUUAAGCUGUCUCGCGUAUCUGUACAAUUCAAUGGAGAUAAUAAAAACUGUAUUAUUUACUUAAAGCGCCACAAAA